CUUGACUGACAGGACUAUGGUUUUUAUCUCCUCAUAUAUUAUAAAGGGUACGUUCCACUUAGCGCUCGCAACGCUCACACUCCCAACGCUGCGAUCAUCCGUUUCACUUGCAUGAGUAGGGAGAGCAAGUGGAACGGGUUGUGAGCGUCGUGGACAUACUGUAAAUAUGGCGGAUAUCGUAAAGCUUACUGUUAGUGUAAUAUCUGAAAUAUUAAGAAAUGAUUCCUCAGAUAGUGAUUCAAGCUCUAACGAAGAAUGGGAAUCACUGUUAAAAGAAAAAGAAAGACGUAUUAUACGUCCUCGUAUACAAGGAUACGCGGAAUGUGUUGUUGCACGUUACACGAAUUACGACUUCCAACACCAUUUCAGAUUGCAACGUGCAACCUUUGAGUAUAUUUUAUCUGUAAUCGAGAAGGAUUUUGUACGAAAGACAACAGAUUGUGAAAUGAUUCCAUUUCGGCAACAAUGUUUAAUUGCUUUAUGGAAAAUGGCAAUGAUGGAUUCUUAUAGGUAUGUUUCUUCUCACAGCAUGCAUUUUAAACUUUCUGAACUUUUAACUAAUAGUUAACUGAGUACAACUAUAAUGUUUAUUUACAGAUCUAUUGCUGAUCGUUUUAAUGUGGACAAAGCAGCAGCAUUAAGAGC